AUGUCGGUAGUUAAAAGAAUUAUUAAGCCUAUUUUUCUUCGUGAUGACGUGUGUCCAGGUGCUUUGCUUAUAGAAGAAAUUGACAUGGUAUCAAAAGCUUUGAAAAACCCUCUUGCACGCUUACCUUUAGAAGCCGUCGAUUUUGGUUAUGCAUUUAAUGAGCUUUCUACCAAAAACAAUAUUUCACCAGAGUCUUUAAAGAACGUUCAAAAUCGCAGAAGAACUUCUAAAACGAUUACCACAUAA